AAUCCACCAAGCGAAGAGAGUACAGUACACAUUUGGAACACAGGAGGGAUAAAGCCUGAACGUUUUCUCUCUCUUGCUUGCACACACUUUCUCUUGCACAGACCCUGUGUGCUAGGAAUUCUUAGCUUGUCUUCUUAUCCUCACUUGGCUCUGCUUGUUCAGACACCAGUGGAACCAGUCAUUCCCCUGAAAAGUAGUAGCAAUGCUGCAAUUUUGGAACACAAGAGGCAAAUAAUGAAGAAGCAACGGAGGCAACCCAGAAGAAAAUGGAAAGGCAUCAAAGUGGGGGAGGAUAUAUUAUAGCUUAAUGGGUGUAAGUGAGUCAAACUUGAAAGCAUUUCAUCCUGCCCUGCAAGCUGUGAAUGCUGUAGAAGCAAGCUCUUCAAAGGGUAGCCUGUGAAUACAGAUUUGCAUGAGAAAUAGAAGAUGGCUUUUGGCACCAGGCAAGCUAAACCCAGUAUUCCUUUUGUGCAAUAGAUACAUCAGCCUUUCAUCCCUGAACAAAAUAAAGGAGUCAGUCAUCCAGGGCCCUGUGCACACAGGGUGGCCCCAAAGCCAAUUUCAGAAGACUUGCUUCACUGCAGUUCCAUUCUCCUUGUGUUUUUAAGUGCAGUCCCUGGUUGCUACCAACUGAUGGAAUCCGCUGGUCGCUGGGACCAUGGCCCGUCCAACAGCAGCACCUAUGAGGUUGAGCUCAGAAACGGCUCCAAUUCCACUUCUCAGUUUACCGGCGUGCGGAUGAUCCAGUCUUUCAAGCCUCUGAUCAUUCCCUGCUACACUUUGGUUGUGCUGGUGGGCAUUUUUGGGAACUAUCUCCUCCUCCACGUUAUCUGUAAGACUAAGAAAAUGCACAAUGUCACCAACUUCUUCAUUGGAAACCUGGCCUUUUCUGACAUGCUGAUGUGUGCAACCUGUGUCCCUUUUACUCUAGCAUAUGCCUUCAACCCCCAGGGAUGGGUCUUUGGGAAGUUCUUGUGCUAUUUUGUGUUCCUGAUGCAGCCCAUGACGGUAUAUGUGUCUGUCUUCACCCUCACGGCUAUCGCAGUAGACAGGUACUACACCACUGUGCACCUCCUUAAGAAGCGCAUUUCCUUUACUACCUGCGUGUACAUCAUCGGUGGGAUCUGGCUGCUCUCGGGUGCCUUGGUGGCCCCCGCUAUUGCCCACACCUACCAUGUGGAGUUCCAGAAGGAAGGCUUUGCAAUCUGCGAGGAGUUCUGGAUGGAAGAGGGGAAAGAGCACCUGGUCUAUGCCUACAGCACCUUGAUCAUCACCUACAUCCUCCCCCUGUCGGCUGUCUCCCUCUCAUACAUCUGCAUCACCAUUAAGCUGAAGAACCACGUUGUGCCUGGCCACCCGACGCAGAACCAGGCAGAGUUCGACCGCCUGCGGAAGAGGAAGAUCUUCCGCCUGCUUGUGCUGGUGGUGGCCGCCUUUGCCAUCUGCUGGCUCCCCAUCCACGUCUUCAACAUCCUACGUGACAUUGACAUCAACCUCAUCAACAAGGACUACUUCCUUCUGAUCCAGCUGCUCUGCCACUGGUUUGCCAUGAGCUCUUCCUGCUGCAACCCCUUCCUCUAUGCCUGGCUGCAUGAUCGCUUCCGAAGCGGAUUGAAAGAGGUGUUCACCUUCAAGCAGAAGAUCAUGCCCACCAAUAACUGUGUAGCGGUCAGCGUAAUGCUCUGACAUGCUGGACUUGGAGGAGGAUCCAUGGCAGUUAGUUGGUGGGGGGAUUAGUUGUUCUUAGCUCAUAAGAUUUGCACUCUCUAGCCCACCAAAGCUCAGUCUUAUGAACUGGAAGAGCGAAGCCUCUUGAGCAAAAAGUCCACCGCCUCUGUAGGAGAAAGGUUCUCCUAGAGAAGACCCUAAAAGCACCCAAUUAUUUUUCCAUCUCUCCCUCUUUCAUACACAUGUGUGCAUGCACACACACAAACAUACACACAGACAGAAUCUGCAAUGAGAUGUUGCAAUAUGGAGUGGUUCUGUUCAGGCUGCCAGCCAGCCAGGCAUACCAUUUUCCAGAAUAUUCCAUUUCAUCCCUGCUUCUUCAUUUUUGAGCAUGUUCAGUCCUCAUUGGACUGUUGUGAGGGAGGGGAGACCUUUUUUGGGGAGGGGAUAAUUCUUUAGGUGCUGUUUUGAGUCCAUUAUUAGUAUAUACAACGAUCUAUUAGUAUAUACACACAUGAUGGUGAUGGCAGGUGAGACUCUGCAACGUGAAGCGCUCCCGUUUAGAGUCAGCCAGGCCCUUGUCCAUCCAAUUCCCUCUCCCCCAUUUCCUUACCCUUCCCAAACAGUCACACGGCAUUCUGUGGCAACUGAGAAUGCUGAAUUCUCCUCAAGCUAUUGGACCAGGUGACCCCUGGGGUCUCUUCCAGCCCUACAAAUCUGUGAUUCUGUUUUCUAUAGGCCCUUGAACCCUUAUAUUUCCAAAUAAAUAAAAAUUCCUUCCAGUAGCACCUUAGAGACCAACUAAGUUUGUUAUUGAUAUGAGCUUUCAUGUGCAUGCACACUUUUUCAGAUACCAAUGCACAUGAAAGCUCAUACCAAUAACAAACUUAGUUGGUCUCUAAGGUGCUAUUGGAAGGAAUUUUUUUAAAUUUUGUUUCAACUACAGCAGACCAACACGGCUACCUACCUGUAACCUUAUAUUUCCAGUUCAUUGCAUGCUGUGCCGUUUGCACAAAAAUGCAUUGGCCCAUGUUUUAAGUAGAGUUUCUCUUGACAAUUCCCAAUAUACUACCUGCUAUAAUCACACGGCUAAUCUUAGGGCUUUACAAAAUAAUCUCAUUUUCCUUUAGGCUUCAACAGCCGUGUGCCGCCUUUAAUAUUUCCAGCUCUUUCCCACAUCCUGCAGAUGCAACAUAACUUGAUUUUCAUCCUCUCUGGGAAUGUGUGAUUGCUCUUACUACAUUCUAAUCAGAUUACAGCCAACAUAAACACCUCACUUCUGAAGCAGUCCAGCCAUAAUGACGUACGUUCCACUGCUUUUGACUCAUCCCUCCCUUUCCACGGAACACAAUUUACAAAAGUGUUGAUAUCUUUGCUAGAGCAGGUACUGGAUGUCAGAAGGACAAAGGCAUGAAAGGAUGGCUCUCUUUCAGCCCUCCCACAGGGCAACCGUUAAAACAUGCUGGAUGAAUUCUGAUUGCUUCAGGGGCAUUCACAGAAAAGAUAAUUGUAGAUGUUGCUGCUUAGAUCCUUGUAAACGUAAGUAGAGCCCUGCUGGGUCAGAGCAAAGAGCCAUCUGGUGCAGUUUCCUGUUCCCAAAGUGGCCAAACCACAUGCCCAUGAGCAAGACAUAAGAAUAUCCUGCUCAUGUUCCCCAGCCACUGGUUUUCAGAGGCAUGCUGUGUCAGAUGCUGGAGAUGGUAAACAAGAGGAGGGUAGGUAUUGAGAGCCUUAUCUUUCAUAAAUUUGUCUAAGCGUUUCUUGUUGUUAAAUUAGGGUAGAAACAUGGAACUGCAGGAGAUCCCAUGGACUGGAAGACAAGAAGGAGCCUUACACUGAGCCAGACCACGGCUCCAUCCAGCUCAGUACUGUUUACACCAAGGAACAGGGAAGCUGUGACCCUCCAGAUAUGGCUGCAGUGCCACUCCUAUGCUCCUUAAUGGGCAUCCUGGCUGGAGCUGAUGGGAGUUAGACUCCAAUAACACCUGGAGGGGCACUACUAAUUGGUAGUGGCUCUCCAGGGUUUCAGACAGGAAGUCUCUCCCAGCCCCUAUCUGGAGAUGCUGAGGACUGUGUUCUACUAUUGGGCUAUCAUAGGCACCAACUCUAUGGGGCUAAGGACAGCUCAGCCACCCCCAGUAUGCGGGGAUAGUGCUGAGCCCCUGCAAUCUUGAGGGGCUGGGCCCUGCCGGGUCUCCCCGCAGCAGCAGAGGGCCUUGUUGGGCCUCACAGGCUCAUCCUGAAGCAUGUGAUGCCACAGUUUGUGUCACACACAUGAUGUCAUGUGUAUGCCCAGAGUGGUGGAGCAGCAGCCUGUGGGAGUGGGUGGGUUCCUAGCCACUCUGAGCCAGAGGCAUGAUUUUUGUACCCCCCUGGGCCUGCGGUUCUUGGCAGGGGCCAAACCCCUAGGUACACUCCUGGUAACUAGAAUCAAGCCAAGCUUUGUUUUCUGUGCUUCUAGAAGGUAGAUUUAUUAAAUGAGGGAGUACAUUAGUACACACCAAUCAUUUAAUGCAUCCCGCAAAGAAUCUUGGGAUGGGUAGUUUGUUAAGAGUUCUGGGAACUGAAGUUCUGGAAGGAGUAAGCUGCCGUUCCUAGGAUUCUUGGGGAGGAAUGUGCUUUAAAUGUAUGGUGUGUACACAGUGAAAGCUUUGACCUCUAUGAGGUUAAGCCCACCCAAAUCUAAGAUCUAAUCCAGGAGGUAUUUAGCUCUCUCUGCAAAGAUGCUAAAUAGGCUCUGAGCAAUUUUAACAGAGAGGGGGUUAAUAAAAAGAUAACCGUGUUUAUUUAUUUUAGAUAUUUAUUGGUCACCUUUUCAGGUAAUGGCCAUUGGAAGUGACUUACAGCAUAUAUAUUACCCUCAAUAAAACAACUAAAAAGCUAUCAAUUCCCUCCCAAAGCAGCUACCAAAUCUCUGCUAACCAACUCAUUCUUUCUGUGUUUCAUUUGUGAUUCACGGUUCUUUGCAUAUUCAAUACAUAAAGAAUACGCAGAGAAGAGGUUCUUAUAUAUUAACCAAAGGUAUAUUUUAAGCUAGUUGAAAAGAAGUGCCAGUGGGUCUGGAUUUUGUCACUUCAUACUGCUGCCUGUGUCUCCGCUGUAUGUGGCUAAGGUCUCCCACUCCAGGCAGCCUUCAGGCAGGGUCAGUGCAUUAUAAAGGAGCCACAUGGAGGCUAAUUGCUUUGCGGUCUCUGAUGAUAAUGAGAUGGAUGCCCUGAGCAUGAAGCAGAAGGCAUAAACACAGAGGAUCUGCUAAUUGCUUUGUUUUUGCAGUGUUAUUUUCUUUUAAGCACCCUUGCGCAAGCAAGCUACAUUCUCCUCUUGAGUAUCCUGCUCCAAGCGUCAGAGGAAUGGUGGCUAUAUUUGCACAUUUCAGAGAUGAAAAUGGAGACACUCUUAUACACCUGUGUUCACAGCUUGAGGGCGCCUCUCUAUUACAUGUUGCUGAAGACUCUCUCUAUUCUGCAAGAACCUGCCCUGUACUGGCUUCAGAAGAAUCAUGGGUUAGCGGAGUGAACCGUACCUUAAGAAUGUUUAAUAGAACUUAAUUUUUAACUGCUAUCUGAAUUUGGGUUGUUUGGGCAGAAAGCGAGUAGCUCAGUCAGUAAAAAGGUAAAAGGACCCCUGAUCAUUAGGUCCAGUCGUGACAGACUCUGAGGUUGCGGCGCUCAUCUUUAUUAGCCGAGGGAGCCGGCGUACAGCUUCCGGGUCAUGUGGCCAGCAUGACUAAGCCGCUUCUGGCGAACCAUAGCAGCACACGGAAACGCCGUUUACCUUCCCGCCUGAGCGGUACCUAUUUAUCUACUUGCACUUUAACGUGCUUUUGAACUGCUAGGUUGGCAGGAGCAGGGACUGAACAACAGGAGCUCACCCCGUCAAGGGGAUUCGAACCGCCGACCUUCUGAUCGGCAAGUCCUAGGCUCUGUGGUUUAACCCACAGCGCCACCCGUGUCCCUAGCUCAGUCAGUACAGCAUCCUAAAUCUCAGGGUUGUGGGUUUGAGCCCCACGUUGGACAAAAGAUUCCUCUGUUGCAGGGGGUUGAAGGGGGAUGACCCUCGUGGUCCCUCGCAACUCUACAAUUCUAGGAUUCUAGGACACAUCGUCCUAUUUGUACACCAGCCCCCAGCCCAAUAAAGAAUAUUGCUGGACUGACGAGUUAUGAACACCUCCCAGCCACUCCCAGAGGAAAUGUAUCAAAAAACAAGGACGCAAAUGGCAUGAAAUUUGCAUGUGCUAAUUGGUAUCUAUUGAUGCUAAUGCAUAUCUAAUGAUUUAGAUCUAUCUAUGGUUCACAAAUGAUGACUGUAAUUUGGAGAGAAAUAUAAUGCAUCUCAUCAUAGUGGGGAAGACUGACCAGGUGCCUGCUCACUGUGGGUGGGUGGGCAGCUUUGAGGCCCCCAUUCUCCCUUCUUGUGGUUUAUCUUAAAACUGAGCUUAUGAUGGGCAUUUCACUGCAUAUAUACAGUGACCAACUUUUACUGAAUCAAACAAUUUGUCCACCUAUCCCAUUAUUGCAGACUCCAGAGUUAGUCAAUGGGGUGUUCUCCAGGUGUUGCCUUCUCAGCCCCAGCCAACAAAGCCAAUGGUCAGGGAAGACGAGAGUUGUAGUUGCACAAAAUCUGGAAGGCACCACACUCCAAGAUCUCAGGGACAGUGAGGUCCUUCCCAGUACCAUUUCCCGGGUUCUUCUUAAGUGGAAAUGCCAUGAACAAGAACCCAGGGCUACCUGCAUACAAAACAUGUACUCUACCACUGAGCUAUAAACUGUAACUUGGACUGGUUCUCAAUAAACCACUGGUUUCCUGAGUUAAAAGUCCAACUGAGAUGGGCAUUAGGGAGGAACAUUCUAUUUUGACUGCUACAUCGCUUCCACAAUGGAACACAUCAAGGAGCAUCAUUACGUGGCUUUUCAGAGAUGAAACGGACAGAACGACUGAAGAAAAAACAAAGACUCCAUUUUUCAGCACUUAAAAUCUGGAGAAAACCUUGCAAAUAUAACUAAGCCUUAUGAAAGUUUCUGGCAAGUAAUGGAAUUUGUCUAUGUUCAUAGGAGAGGAAAUGGAUGCAAGGAGAAUAAUGUGGAUUUAAAUGGCCUACGAGAAAAGCAUGGUCCGUAGCAGAAAGGAUGAGAUGGUGGGGGGAACGUUCUGAGAAAGAAGCUCACCAUUUCCUCUGAGUCAUGAAAUGAUCUUGCCCAGUUCCCUUAACAAUAGCAUUUGAUUACAAAAGAUUAGUGUCCCUCAAAGCUUAUUACCAGGUCUAGGAAUUUGGGAUGGUGGCUUUGAACAGUGCACCUGGACAUUGCAAGCUAAGGCAAGCCACCUGAUUGCAAAAGGAGGUGAUUGCUCAGUGGAUUACAGUAGGAUCAGGGUGGGGGGACUUUGGGAAUAGUUUCAUUUGGGGGCCAGUAUCUCUGGUCUUCUCCUCCAGAUGUUGAAUUUUGUGUGCUAUUUCCACAAUUCCCUUUUAACAGUGCAAUAUGUUGUUGCUGGUGUGUCAAAGGUUAGGUCUCCUGCAGUGAUUUUCAGACAGAUAUUGAAGUGAGAUUAGGGACUGAUGAGCUGGAUGACCUCAAACUCAGAGCCCCUUUUAGCCCCAUGAUUCUUGGCUGUUAAUGACUGUUAACAGUAUGCCAAACUGGAUGAACUGGUAGAACUGCCAGAAAUUAUCCUAGUGGCCCUGGUUGGGUAGUCAGGUUUUUUUCCCUUGCAAUGGAGAAUGCUGGCUGGCUGGUCUUUUCUGGAAGAAGACAGCAUUUUAGGAAUCCUAUGACUUUGUUGAACUGUAUCAAUUGUUUUGAUGAAUUUGGUGUUGUUGUUUGCUUUAUAUGCUAUUGCAUUUGAUAUCUGUGUUUGCAGUGUUUUGUUUAAUGCUAUUGUGAGCAGCUCUGAACGCAUCAUUUGUUGCUUAAAAAGUGGGAUACAAAUACAUCAUACAGAUACAUCAUCUCGACUCAUUUCUCUGCCCUGCCCCUACUGUGGAAUUAAUUAAUUUGGUCUGUGUAAGGCAGGGGUAAGAAGGAAUUUGGCCCCAAGGGUUGGUGAUCAGGUACCAUGUUCCAGCUGGUGGUGGGUGGGGCCUGGGCUUAUUCAGACCCACACACUCCACCUGUUUUCUCUUGUGGAUCAAGGUAUGCUGGUGAUGGCAAACACCACAGCACUUCCAGCAACUGUUGUUAAAAUAAGCGCCACAAUAUGCGCCCUGAGUUUUAAAACGUAUAAUUUUUAACUUAGUCUGACAAUUUCAUCUGCUUUAUUGUCUUACAUAUGUAUGUACUUUGCACACAAAUUGCAAUGGCUUGUUGCUGAUGCAAAUAAAUAUCUAUCAGUGAUCUCCCUCAUCCUUUCCUCCACUGUUGGAUCUGGCUAACAGUGCAUGGUGCCCAUUGUGGAAGGCAGGAAAGCCAACAUUAUGCAGAGGUAAAGACAACCAAGACUUAUCACUUGCAAAGUGCUUUUCUCUCCUUGGAAUUUUGCAAGAAUGAAUUUGGCGUCAGGGCUGGCAUGGGCACUGCAUGGGCCACACUGAAGACCUCUAGGCAGGGCCAUGUGAAGAUCACCAGUAAGCUGCACAUGUGGUAAGUGUGAACAAAGAAAGCAGGUGGGAUGGUUGUAACUGGGGUAGAUUGGGGCACAAAGGGCAAAUCUACUUUCUCAAAAAAAUCAUGAUAGGUCUGGUGUUUUCCCUAGAAAUCUCUUGGGGAACAGUGAACUCGUAAGGCAUCUGUUGCAAUGUUUAGUGCUGUGAUGCUCCACCUAUGCUCCCCCUGUAUAUAUGUGCAAAUAAACCUUAUUAUCAUAUAAUA